AUGAAAAUUCACCUGAGAGAUGAUGCGCGGUCAGUGGCUAUGAAAUGUAGGCAUGUCGCGCAUGCAUUAAAACCACUGAUCGAAAAAGAAAUAAAUAGAUUGGUAAGUUUGGGCCAUCUAGAGCCGAUUGAAGUUAGCGAAUGGGCAACGCCGAUCGUGCCGGUUUUCAAAAGUAACGGUGAUAUUAGAAUUUGUGGAGAUUUUAAAUUGACAGUAAACCCGUAUAUAAUUGUCGAUAAAUAUCCGCUCCACACUAUUGACGAGAUUUUUACAAGCCUCCAAGGAGGUGUAAUUUUUUCGGAGUUGGAUUUAAAGCACGCGUAUAUGCAAUUCCCAGUAGCUAAAGAAUGUUUACCUUUGCUCACGAUCGUAACUCACAAAGGCUUAUUUAGGUAUAGAAAUAUUCCGGAAGGCGUUUCACCGGCGCCUGCAGAUGUACAAAGAAAAAUGGAUGAAUGUCUAAUGGGAAUCGAGGGCGCGAUUGCGUAUCUUGACAAUAUUUACGUAACUGGCCGUACAGAAAACGAACAUAAAGAGAAUUUAGAGAAGGUUUGUGCAAGACUGGAAGAAUGCGGGUUAAGAAUUAAUAAAGAAAAACGUAAAUUUAUGCAGGAUAGGAUCGAAGUCUUAGGAUAUGGUCUUAGAAUCGAUAAGAACGGGUUACAUAAAGCGAAAUCAAAAGUGCGUGCAAUGAUAGACGCUCCUCAACCGAAAAAUCAUAAGGAACUAGCUUCUUUCUUAGGAUUGGUAACGUUCUAUUCUAGAUUUUUGCAAGAUAGAUCAGCGAAACUAGCACCGUUAUACACAUUAUUAAAUAAAAAGGAAUUUGAAUGGAAUCAAGAAUGUACGAAUGCAUUUGAAUAG